CAGUUCCGGUUGAGCCCUUUCCCCGCCCGAGAACCUACUCCGGCGCGCACGGGCCUCGACCUUUUUCCUGUGCGUCCCGAGCAGCGUUCCCGGGACUGCGUCAUGGAGGCGCGUUUCACACGCGGGAAGUCGGCGCUGCUGGAGCGCGCCCUGGUGCGGCCGCGCACUGAGGUGAGCCUCAGCGCCUUCGCCCUUCUCUUCUCCGAGCUGGUGCAGCACUGUCAGAGCCGCGUGUUCUCUGUGGCUGAGCUGCAGGCGCGAUUGGCCGCCCUAGGCCGCCAGGUGGGCGCCCGAGUCCUAGAUGCCCUGGUGGCCCGCGAGAAGGGUGCCCGGCGUGAGACCAAGGUGUUGGGUGCGCUGCUGUUCGUCAAGGGCGCGGUGUGGAAGGCCCUGUUUGGCAAGGAGGCGGACAAGUUGGAGCAGGCCAAUGAUGACGCCCGCACUUUCUACAUCAUUGAGAGGGAGCCUCUCAUUAACACCUACAUCUCAGUGCCCAAGGAGAACAGCACCCUGAACUGUGCCAGCUUCACUGCGGGCAUCGUGGAGGCUGUGCUCACGCACAGCGGCUUCCCCGCCAAGGUCACGGCGCACUGGCACAAGGGGACCACACUCAUGAUCAAGUUUGAAGAGGCUGUUAUUGCCCGAGACCGGGCCCUGGAGGGACGCUGACCCCACAGGAGAUAAAGGAUGAGCAGAUCGCGUUCCCAAGCUUGUGUUGUGUCUUGUGUAGGGGCGUCAGAUCUGCGCUGCUCCUGCUUCUGGUCCUGAGUCCCAGACUAUGGGAGUCCCAAGGCAAGCUUGUCAGACAUAGACGGGGAGGAAGGAGGGCAAUGGGCUGACUUGGCUUCUGGCUGUCAGUGAGGUUGGAGGCUUGGCUGUUCUGGGGAGAUAGGGUACCUGUGGAAUUCCUGUUGGAGCCUGGAGAGGUGUGGGCAGGGAUAUGAGGUCAAGAGGGACCAGGACCUGGCAGAGUGCCAGUGCUGUAGCCCAGUUUGUAGAGUGCCCGGAGUUUGAUUCCUUAUGUAACAUAAAAUGGGUGCAGAUUGUCUCAUCCCAGCACUAGGAAGGUAGAGGGAGAAAGGUCACAAGUUCAAGGCCAUCCUCUGCUACUUAGCAAGUUUGAGACCAGCACAGGACUCUUAAGUGUGAGGAAGGGGUACUCUUCCCUUGAAACUCAGUUUCCUGCACAUCUCCAUUUGUUCAAAAAAAAAAAAAACAAAAACAAAACCUCAAAAAUCAGAUAGUAAAGGAGAGGGUGUGGCUAUGCGGCUAAAAAAAUAAAUGUAGAAUGGUUAUUCUCCCUUUAGACGUGAGUCGCUCAAAGUGGCUUGUGGACGCCAGCAUCAGCAUCCACAUUAUCAGCAUCAGCACCAGCAUCCAUGUCAGAGUCAGCAUCAUUGUCCCACAGGCAGGAUCACGGGUCCACCCCUAGACUUACUGGACCAGAAGUUUGCAUCCCAGCCCCCUUCCCAGAGGUCUCCCUGGGACUCUUUAUUUUGAGAAACGGUGCUUCAGGGCGUCAGAGUCACCCGAAGGGCCAACACCUCAGCUGGUUUUAACACAAAACUGUGGGUCAGAUUGUGCAGUUUUGGGGGUGUGCUUAAGAAUUUGUUUCUGGUUCAUGCUGGAGAGCUGCUGGGUGCCCCAGGGAUCACACGGAGAACAGUGGCACACCAGCCUCUCAAAGCGGGAAGAGCCCAGAACCAUCUGGAAACUCAAGAGGGUUUUAAGGUUACUAUUUAAAACCUUAAUUGUGAGACAGGUUUCUGAGUGAACAGGCUGGCUUCGACCUUGUUGUGUCUUCAAGGAUGGCUGUGAGUUCCCAACCCUUCCGACUCCACGUGAGGCUGAGUGUUUCACUUGGAAAAUUAUGUUUUCCCGGCUGACCCGGAACUCACUGUGUAGACCAGGCUGGCCUCACACUCCAGAGGUCUACCUCCCUAGCGCUGAGAUUAAAGUUGAGCACCACCA